AUGAAGAUCUCCCAGCUUCUAUCUUUGGGCCUGGCCCUUCUGGGCGCUGUCGACGCUGCUCCAGUUGAACAGCGUGGUACUGCUGUUGAUCCUACGAACAAUCAAGCUGGAUGGGGAAGACGGGGUGAUACUAGCGUCGACCUGGCUGAUAACGAAGCUGGUUGGGGCAAACGCGGCACUGCGGUUGAUCCUACAAACAACCAAGCUGGCUGGGGCAGACGAGGUACCGCUGUUGACCCUACGAACAACCAGGCGGGCUGGGGAAGACGAGGCGACACUUCUGUAGACCUCGCUGACAAUGAAGCUGGCUGGGGCAAACGAGGUGAUACUUCUGUGGACCUCGCUGAUAAUGAAGCUGGCUGGGGUAAACGAGGUGACACUUCUGUAGACCUCGCUGAUAACGAAGCUGGUUGGGGGAAACGCGACACUGCCGUUGAUCCCACGAAUAACCAAGCCGGCUGGGGCAAGCGAGGUACCGCAGUUGACCCUACCAACAACCAGGCAGGAUGGGGAAGACGUGGUACGAAUGUUGACCCUACAAACAAUCAGGCUGGCUGGGGCAGAUAA